AUGAUAUUUAUGGUGAUUAAGUCAAUGCUCCUAUUAAUUGCGCUGUUUGAAGACUGUACCUGCAAGCGACAAUGGGAGUAUGAACCAAUUUCAAUUGUGGCACAAACUUCGGAUCGUAGCAAACUAAAUCUUGAGGCGGAAGUGGUGCGGGUUAAGCGUGGUGAAUACGCCUUCACAGGCGUGCUCUAUUGGAAUUAUGAUGCAGAUGAAACAACAUUGGUGGAAUGUAACGCCUAUCGCAGUAAUACUGGCGAGGAAGCAGAUUAUAGGCGUCUGCCUCUUAACAUACCUAAGCAGACUUUUAAGCAAUAUUUAGAUGCCUUUUAUACGACUACGGUCUUUCUGAAUACAAGAAACUGUUCUGGAUUACCACAUCCCGAUAAUGUCUGGCCAUGGGCUAAACAAACUUAUAGAUUUGAAAAUUGUGGAGCUGCGGCCGAUGGCAUGCCAGAUUUGAUGCCCGAAGGAUACUACAAGAUUUUAUUUCUUGUCACGGGUGAGGUAGUAUGGAAUUUGACAACUAUUGUGAAAGUUAAAACAAAGAUAGAUUUGUUUGGUUAAUGUAAUUGUUUAUACAAAUAAAAAAUAUU